ACUAAGCUCGGUGGCAAUAAAUUGUCACCCCUGUAGAUUCAUAACUAUUCAUAAAAUUUACGACUUGUUCUCGAAUCGAGAGCCGACUUCUUCUUCUAAUCCUUCUCACCAACCCCAGAAUUAGUCAACGAUUUUUUAGUUAACUCAGGCUUCAUUAUCCGUUAUAGUUACAAAUUGUGCAAGUGAAUCACAAUAGUCUGGUUGCCCGAGCUACAUAAAGCCCUUUUGCUUUGGAUGGUUUAUUUUUUCUUUCCCCCCGCUGCACUGCUGUUGUGUCAGUGAGCGUAGGAAGCCAAGACCGAGUUGCGACCGGGGUCUUAGCCUAAGCUUACGGUUGCUGGAUUUCGUCCUAAAUCCACCAGGAUUCAAAUCGGAGGAUUCUUGCUGCGCGGGUGUGUGCUUUGGGCCCCCUCUUUCUAACCCCGGCUUAAUCCAGCCCGGAUUUCCAGAUAACUAAAAGAGGAAAAAAUAAAGGAAGAAGAGGGGGUCGAUAUUUUUUCCCCUUUCCACCGGCACGUCAGGGUAACGGACAUGGAUGCUGUACCUGGCCCGUUAUCGACACUAGAGGAUUUAGUAGGAGCUCAUGGCCUACCUGGUGAGAGUAGCACCACUUUAGUUGGCAUGAGCGCUCGGUUUGGAUGUCACUCCGCCGACACUGCCCCGGGGGAAUUUCGGCAUGGGCACGACGGUCAAUAGCAUAUUAGCGGCGAGCAAUAACAACGGAAUGGAUGGUAGCUGUGAAAAGUCGUGCAACGAUCCCGAUGUCGAUGACGGUGGCGAUCAGGACAACGGUAAGAAGCGCCGCCAACGAAGACAAAGAACACAUUUUACAAGUCAACAACUUCAAGAACUAGAAGCAAAUUUUGCUCGAAAUCGAUAUCCUGACAUGUCAACGAGAGAAGAGAUCGCUGCCUGGACCAGUUUAACAGAACCUAGAGUUAGAAUUUGGUUCAAGAACCGCCGUGCUAAAUGGAGGAAGCGUGAACGCAAUCAACUAAAUGAACUAAAGAAUGGAUUAGGACAACAUCAUUUUAAUGGACUAAUGCAACCGUUUGACGAUGGCUUGUAUUCGGGGUAUUCAUACAGUAACUGGGCGUCAACUAAACCCACAGCACCUAUGAGCUCAAAAGGAUUUGCGUGGCCGUUGAACUCAGUGAAUCCGUUGUCAGUGACCAGUCAACCUAUGUGUUUCAAUCCCCAGUCCAGCAUGACGACGUCGUUCUCGCCCGCCGCGCCCGUCAACGGCGUCGGCUCUCAACUGAACACUCUGAACAAUGCUGCUGCGGCGGCCGCAGCCGGUGCCGCACCGGGCUGCCCUUACGCCACGGCGCCGGGGACGCCGUACGUCUAUCGGGAGCCCUGUACGAAUAGCAUAGCAUCGCUACGUCUGAAGGCAAAACAGCAUUCGGAGAGUAUGACAAGCAUGGCGGGUCUGACCUAUCCCGUCAGGCAGAGCCCAACCUUCUCAGCUUGCCAGUACGCCGCUGGUCAGUACACUAGUUUCAGUGGCCCGUCUUGAUUUUAUGAAGAUGUGACGUUCUUGUCAUCGUAUACUAAUUCCAGAUUCCUCUACGUUUUGCCAUGUAAAAGAUGACGAAAGACGAUUGGUUCAUCAAAUAUUUAUGAUGUGAACGAUGUGGUUUAUCACAGCAACCAAUCAUGCCUAUUUUCCUGUCAACUCAACUCAAGAUUUGAUAUUAAAUACGGAACGAAAGAAGAAAAUAAUAUCAAUGAUUCACCGAUCGCGUGAUUAUGACAGACUGAUGGUGUCCAUUCAACAUGUUUAACUCCUCUCGACUCCUCAUCAUCUAUUUAAUUGUCCGAUUAAUUACCUUUUGGAAUAUUUAAGCCCAAAUCAGAUUUACCAUAAUGUGUCCUAUACUUACAUGGGCGUGCAUAAUUUUUCCCAUAAGGCCCUGCUCUUAGAAAUAAUAAUAAUUUUCAUUUUGUAUAACCAAUGGAUUUUAAGAAUCAUUGCAUUAUAACAUGAGGUCAGAGGUCAUGGAUUAUCAAGUACAUGAAGUUAAAAAAGUAAGCAGUUCUUUAAAGGACAAGUCCCCCCCAACAAAAACUUGAUUUGAAUAAAAAGAGAAAAAUUCAACAAGCAU